AUGACAUCCCCGCUCCCACCCUCCCGCCUCGCCGCCCUUCCCGGCUACGACACCGCACCCGACAUCUACGAAACAGCCGACACCACCGACACCACCACCUCCACACAACGUUCCCCCUCCGCGUCCCCCGAACCCUCCGAACUCUCGGAUACGUCCCACGAGCUCUCGGACUCUGCCUCAGACGCGGAAUCCGGCGCCGGCGGUGUCGUGAGCAGGAGACGCUUCAACAUUGGCCGCGCGAGACGGAGGUUCGAUGGCGAGGGUAAGGGUGUUAGAGUUAAGGGUGUGGACUUGAGCGAUCGCGUCGAUGCUGGGGGGAGGAGGGGGUAUGGGUUGCGGUAUAGGAGUAGGGAGGGGAGGGAGGAUGAGGGGCUGGGUGAAAGGGUUGCAAGGUUGAGGAGGGAGGUGGAGGAGUGUAGGGUUCUUGCUGAGAGGGAGGGGGAGGGAGGGGAGGGGGUUGGGGGGUUGGAGGAUUUGCUGAGAGGGUUGGUGGUGGAUGGUACUGACAGGCGGAAGAGAGGAGGGAAGGAGGUGAGGGACCAGGGCAAGGAGGAGGAAGACCCGGAUCUUACGGAGGAGCAGAUGGUCGGCAAGGUCGCGGACUUUGAUACGAGGUUGGCGAGUCUAGAGACUGCGCUGGGGCUAUCGGCGCUGGACUCUGCGACUCAGACGGAUGCUACGGCGGCUAUGCCACUACUGCCAUCCCUCACGGUGCUGGAUCAACAACUCGCUGCCCUUUCCUCGGCCAGCUCUGUCGCCAACAUCGAAGCAGCCAGCGCACGCAUUCAAAAGCUACGCGCUGAAGCCGACGCCGCCCUUACCCGCUCCGCCACCACAGCGAAUGACGAAGACGAGGAGUCAGACCAAGAGAUUACAGCAAUCUCCUCCGCCGACCUCCAACAGCUUUCCCAACUUUACACUCUCCUGCCAACGCUGCAAUCGCUCUCUCCCACCGUACCCGCUCUGCUCUCCCGGCUGCGGUCUCUUCGGACUCUGCAUACGUCUGCCUCGUCUGCUGCGCAGGUGCUGGAGGAUGUGGAAAGGAGUCAAGGAGAGAUGGAGAGGGAACUGAAGCAAUGGAGGGAGGGGUUAGGGAAGGUUGAGCAAGCGGUCAGUCAGGCGCAGGAGGCGAAUGGGAGAAAUGGGAAGGUGGUUGAGGGGUGGGUAAGGGGGCUUGAGGGGAGGGUAUCGUCGCUUGGGAGAUGA